AUGACUUUUGAGCCCAGAGCUGUGGCUCCUACCAUCCGUGAUGCUGUUUCUCAAAUAUUUACCUCCAUUGCUGGACCAUUGUCUAAAGGUGAUAAUGCCCAUGUGGCUGAUAGCAACUCUGAGAUGCUGAAAUUGAGUAAGAAUAUUACUAAAAGGGAGAGCUGCGAUGAAGGCCUGCAUCGUGAGCACGAAUUUUGUUGUCAGCCGUGUCCUCCUGGCAAACGGAAAAAGGAUGAUUGCAAAAUUGAUGGAAGUGAACCAGAAUGUGUGCUCUGUGCAGAGGGGGAGGAGUACACAGACAAGAACCAUCAUUCUUAUUACUGCAGAAGAUGUAGAGUUUGUGAUGAAGAACAUGGCCUAGAAGUGGAAAAAAACUGUACCCGGACCCAGAAUACCAAGUGCAGAUGUAAACCAAACUUUUUUUGUAACGUAUCUCUGUGCGAACACUGUAACCCUUGUACCAAGUGUGAACAUGGAAUCAUUGAGAAAUGCACACCAACCAGCAACACUAAAUGCAGAGAAGUGUUCCAAUCUACAGGAUCCAGAUCUAACUUACACAGUUUAUGGGCCCCCCUGAUCCUCAUUCCAAUAUCUGCACUAAUAUACAGGGAGGUGAAAAGACGGCGCAGGAAUAGAAAGAAUGGUCACCAGAAAUCUAUAGCCUCAAAUACUGAAAUGAUGCCAGUGAAUUUCACAGACAUUGACUUGGGAAAACAUAUCAUUAGUAUUGCUGAACAAAUGAAAAUAACUGAAGUCAAAGAAUUUGUUCGGAAGAAUGGUAUGGAGGAAACUAAAAUAGAUGAGAUCAAGCACGACAAUCCCCAAGAUACAGCUGAACAGAAAGUCCAACUGCUCCGUAAUUGGUAUCAAAGUCAUGGGAAGAAAGAUGCAUAUUGCACUUUGAUUAAAAGUCUCAGAAAAGCCAAACUUCAUGCUCUUGCAGAGAAAAUUCAAGAUGUAGUCCAGAAGGACAUUACUAGUGAACAUGAAAAUGCAAACUUGCAAAAUGAAAAUGAAAGCUUGGCUUAA